CAGUCAGCUUCACCUCUCACACAGAAACAGGAACUCCUUCAGCUGCUCCUGGAGGAGCAGCAGGAGGCUCACUGACAACUACCAGCACACAUGAAGCUUUACGGAGGAAGAGGAGGAGGAGGAGGAGGAGCAGGAGGAGAAGCGCUGCUGCUCCUGCUGCUGUUCGGCCGCUGCUGCUGCACCACCAGCCCCGAACGGAGAGUGUGUCAGGGGAUGAGUAACCAGCUGACUCUGUUGGGGACUCGUGAGGAUCACUAUGACCAGAUGGUGAAGAAGUACUCCAACUGCUCGGUGAUCCUGGACAACCUGGAGGUGACCUACACCCUGGAGCACCAGGACCUGUCCUUCCUCCAGUCCAUCGAGGAAGUGGGCGGCUACGUUCUGAUCGGCAUCAACGAGGCGGCCAUCGUCCCGCUGGUCAACCUGAAGCUGAUCCGAGGUCAGAACCUCUACGAGGACAAGUUCUCCCUGCUGGUCAUCUCCAACUACAAGAAGAACGUCUCGUCACCAAGCCUCAAAUACUCCCACGGACUGAGAGAGCUGAGGCUGAGCAGCCUGACAGAGAUCCUGAGAGGAGGCGUGAAGAUGACCAACAACCCUUUGCUGUGUAACGUUGAGAGCAUCCAGUGGUGGGACGUCCUGGACAGGAGGAGCAACCCCAGCAUGCUGCUGAAGACCGACAGCUUCACGCGCCAAUGUGAGAAGUGUGAUCCAGGGUGUUUUAACGGUUCGUGUUGGGCAGCAGGACCAGAUCACUGCCAGAGAUUCACCAGGUUGCAGUGUGCUGAGCAGUGCAGCAGGAGGUGCCGCGGUCCGAAGCCCAGCGACUGCUGCAACGAACACUGUGCUGCAGGCUGCUCAGGACCCAGAGCUACAGACUGCCUGGCCUGCAGGGACUUUAACGAUGACGGUACCUGUAAGGACACGUGUCCUCCUCAGGUGCUCUACGACCCUAAAACCCACCAGGUGGUCAACAACCCCAAAGCCAAGUUCACCUUCGGGGCGACCUGCGUCAAGGCGUGCCCCCACAACUACGUGGUGACGGAUGGGUCGUGUGUUCGUACCUGCAGCGCUGGAACGUACGAGGUGGAGGAGCAUGGCGUCCACCGCUGCAAGCCGUGUGACGGUCCCUGUCCCAAAUCCUGUGACGGAGUCGGGGUCGGCGAUCUGUUCAACACCAUCGCCAUCAACUCCUCAAACAUUGAAUCCUUCAGGAACUGCACAAAGAUCUACGGGGACGUCUUCUUCAUCGAAACCUCCUUCAUCGGGGACCCACACGACAAAAUCCCUCCCAUGGACCUGGCUAAACUGGAAUACUUCAGGACAGUGAAGGAAAUCACAGGCUUCCUGCUGAUCCAGUCGUGGCCCGAGAAUCUGACGUCUCUGUCGGUGUUUGAGAACCUGGAGAUCAUCAGAGGAAGAACAACACGCGCUCAUCACAGCCUGGCAGUGGUGAAGGCGCAGCACCUCCUCUGGCUGGGCCUUCGCUCUCUGAAGGAGGUGAGCGCCGGCCGGGUGAUGAUGAAGGACAACCCUCAGCUCUGCUACACCCGGGCCUCCCAGUGGUCCCGCCUCUUCAGGUCCAGCGGCCAGACGGCCGUCAUGCGCAACAACGCUGCCCCCGACGUCUGUGAACAGCAGAAUCGAACCUGUGACCUGGAGUGUACCGAGGAGGGCUGCUGGGGUCCAGGUCCCACCAUGUGCGUCUCCUGUCGACACUUCAGCCGUAGGGGGCGCUGUGUGGAGCUCUGCAACCUGCUGCAGGGCGAGCCCAGAGAGGUGGAGGUGAACAGCAGCUGUGUGGAGUGUCACUCCGAGUGUCUGCUGCAGAACGGGACCCCGACCUGCUCCGGACCGGGUCCAGACCAGUGCUCCCAGUGUGCCCACGCUAAAGACGGGCCCCACUGCGUGGACCGAUGCCCCCACGGCGUGCUGGGAGACGGAGACACGCCCAUCUGGAAGUUCCCCGACAGGACGGGGCAGUGCCAGUCCUGCCACCCGAACUGCACCCAGGGGUGUUCUGGUCCUGGACUGUCGGGAUGCACCGGUGCCGCCACUCACUCCACGUUGGCGGUGGGCGUGGUUGGUGGGCUCCUGAUCGCCGUCAUCAUGUCAUUGGUCAUCUUUGUGUUGCUGCGGCGACGACGAAUCAGGAGGAAGAGGACUCUGCGCCGCCUGCUGCAGGAGAGAGAGCUGGUGGAGCCGCUGACUCCGAGCGGCGAAGCUCCAAACCAGGCGCUGCUGAGGAUCCUGAAGGAGACGGAGUUUAAGAAAAUCAGGGUGCUCGGCUCCGGGGCCUUCGGGACCGUCUUCAAGGGUCUGUGGAUCCCUGAAGGAGAGAACGUGAGGAUCCCUGUAGCCAUCAAAGUUCUCAGAGAGGCAACAUCACCUAAAGCCAACAAAGAAAUCCUGGACGAGGCGUAUGUGAUGGCGAGCGUGGAUCACCCUCACGUCUGCCGUCUGCUGGGGAUCUGCCUGACGUCGUCGGUGCAGCUGGUGACUCAGCUGAUGCAGUACGGCUGCCUGCUGGACUACGUCCGCCACCACAGGGACCACAUCGGGCCCCAGUGGCUCCUCAACUGGUGCGUGCAGAUCGCCAAGGGUAUGAACUACCUGGAGGAGCGUCACCUGGUGCACCGGGACCUGGCGGCGAGGAACGUCCUGGUGAAAACUCCGAACCACGUCAAGAUCACUGACUUCGGCCUCGCCAAACUGCUGACGGCCGACGAGAAGGAAUACCACGCUGACGGAGGGAAGGUCCCUAUUAAGUGGAUGGCGUUGGAGUCGAUCCUCCAGUGGACCUACACCCACCAGAGUGACGUGUGGAGCUACGGUGUGACGGUGUGGGAGCUCAUGACGUUCGGCUCCAAACCGUACGACGGCAUCCCGGCCAGCGAGAUCGCCGCCGUGCUGGAGCGAGGAGAGCGGCUGCCCCAGCCCCCCGUCUGCACCAUUGACGUCUACAUGAUCAUGGUGAAAUGCUGGAUGAUCGACCCGUCCAGUCGGCCAACGUUCAGAGAGCUCAUAGUGGAGUUCUCCAAGAUGGCCAGAGACCCAAACAGAUACCUGCUGGUCCAGGGCGAGCUCCCCAGCCCCACGGACAGCAGGUUCUACUCUCGCCUGCUGAGCUCCGACCACAUGGAGGACGUGGUGGACGCAGACGAGUACCUGCUGCCUUACAAAGGACUGGAGGACCAGGACCCCCGGCCCUGCGGCGCCACGAACGGCCUUCCGCUCCGACAGAACAGCAUCGCUCUGCGUUACAUCAGCGAUCCCACUCAGAGCACGCCGGAGAGACACGACUUCACCGGACACGAGUACAUGAACCAGAGUAUGGAUGAAACCAGCCGGAGCAGCGGGCUGUCGGAGGUUCUGAACCCCAACUACGAGGACCUGAGCCUGGGCCGGGGCGCCACCUCGCUGCCCUCCCCGCUGGCCGAUCUGAAGCCUUUGGGCCGAGUUCCAGAGAGACCCGAAUACCUGAACACUGAACAGAACUCGCUCCCGCUGGCCGCCGGCGACAGCCUCGACGACCUGGCGCCCUUCGCCACCACUAACACGACUGGGAACGGACUGUUCCUCCCAGCGGCGGAGAACCUGGAGUACCUGGGUCUGGGUGCUGCGCUGCACGCACCCGUCCGCUAGCGGGCAGCAACAUCCACACACCUGGAACUGAAGCUACGUCUGAUGGAGGCUGCUGACAGGAUGUCAAUGAGCUGUUUUUAUUGUCAAGCGUCCAGGAGGUGCUGACUGAGCAUCUUCAGCCGUUACUGAGGAAGAGCAGAGCCAGACUUUUUAAUCAGGGAUUCAAACCGGCAAACCUGACGAUUCCUGAAACUUCCAUUAGCUGCAUUAACUCGUUUGCUCACAAAGCGGGAAUGUUAGAAACAACCGAGCAGCCAGAAGCAGCAGAGACACAAUUUUCUCAACCAAACAGUGAUUUGAAUCGGUCCGUCCCGGUCCCUCUGGGAGGGACGCUGCAGGACGAGAGAGACAUCAGCAACCUGAUGGAUUCAUGGACAAGAUGGACUCAAUUACAUUUGUCUUCGUUUGUUCUCAGCAUCUGCACAAACUUGGAGGAGAAACAAAAGCAGGACUCAGGCCGUGUCCUAACGAUGCCAGCGUCCGCUUGUUUUGCCGCUUCGAGCGCUGUGAAUCCGUUAAAAUCUCACUUCUACAUCAUGUGACGCGACCAGCACCAAUCAGCUGCUCAGCAUCAGACCGGACACACGACCACUUACAGUACGGCCGAUCGGCCGACUUCUCUCGUCCUGUUGAGACAGAAAAGACACUUUACGUUGUGACUUUUAGCAGAAAUGCCGCCCAAUAAAGAGAAGAGGAGGGAGGCUGUUCAGGUCCCUGGCGCUCUCCCUCCAGCCAGCUGACGCCAUAUUUCUCUUUGUGUAAUGAGAUAAGGAGCUGUCCUACAGAGAACUCUUUAUUUCAGCUUUUGGAAUCAGCCGUUUGGCAUCUCACCACAACACUUCCAGUGCUAGCGUCAGGGAGAAAGAGAAACAUGAGGACUUGUACUUCUUGUAAAAUAUGCCACCCAUCCAAAACUUGCUCUAUAUUUUUAGUCUGGUUUGAACAUUUUAAUUGAAAUAAUCCACAAGUUUUGGCUUCAAAAAUAAAAUUCUGGAUUUGCAGGUUGGACUCACAUGAAUAAAUGUAUUUUACUUGCAGCUGAACAUCUUUUAAUUUCAGUUUUGAUGGUUUUGCUAUAAAGGCACAAAGGUAAAGAGCCCUUAUGUACGGUGGCCCUGAGAGCUCACAGCGUUACAAUUUAAGAAAACAUGCAAAUACACAAAACACAAGCAAACUGAGAAAACAUCUUCAUCAAUUUGACAACACGAGCGCAGCAUUUAGAAAACAAAGACCACAACACAACAGAAGUGUUUCCAGAUGACACUUAAAAGUGAUGCACACGUCUGGACACGCUUGUGAAAUAAUUAUUAUUAUAUUAUUAUUAUGUGACUCUUUAACAAAAGUCUGAAGCUGUGGUUUUAAAGUGUUGACUUGAAGGAGCAGCUGUGUUGAUGAAGACGCUGCAGAGGAGAAUAUCCCGUUUUAUUUUGGUACCAUGUGGGAAGUCUCAGUUCACCUUAAAGACUCUUCAGCUGCCGUCUCUUCACGCUCAAACCUUCUGAUUUCAUGCUGGGAACAUUUUCUAACGUUUCUGUGUGAUAAAUAUGUGUAAAUAUUCACAUAUUUCUCUAUGUGAUGAAUGAAUAAUGUGUUUGUUUUCAUGUUGAAUUGAAGGUUUUCAGGCUGUUUCGUCAGUUCAAUCACAAAACAAGUUCAAUCUCAUCAAAACCAAUGAAAGUUUGUGAGAUCAUGUGACUUGAAACAGCUCGAGUUCAGCUCGGUUUCCUUUUACACGUCUGCUAGUCGGGUGAAUUUGUACACGAGUGUAAAAAGUGUUUUCUUCUCUCUGUGUCGUACGUAAGAAUGAGCCAAAGUGUGUUUCCUGUUGCGACAUACUGACUCCAUCACUGCUUGUUCCCGUCACUGGAAAUGUCCGGAAGCUGAGAGAGCUCUGUGAUUAUUCUUCAGCUUCUCCAGGACAUUAAUUAUUCAUCUCAACAUCACCAAUGGGCCAUAUUUGAGGAUGUGGGAGUCUCCGCUAUGAUGAAGACAUUUUCUAACUGGAAUGUUAGUUGAUGCACGUCUUUAAAAAGCUUUUUUCACCUCAGACAGAAAAAACAAACACGAUUGACUUUUUCACUUUUCGCACUAAUUGAAAACUUGCAUAAAAUAAUGGAAACAACCACUGUUGCAUGAUUUGCUACAAUUGUACUGAAUUAAAACCAUAAAUAUUGUUGCAUGUUUGCACACAUUUGUGCAUUCCACUCCAUCCUGAAAUGAGGAGCCUCUGAUCUUUGACCAAGACCAAAUAUUGAGUGAAAGUUUGGAUUCUGGCUUCAUGAAAUCAUUUCAUUCUUAUCUCAGGAUAACAAUGAUAAAAAUAUGAAUUAUGAAGCAGGACGGCACUCUGUUGAAUGUCACUAAAUGUUGUUUUAUUGUGCAGAAUUUGAGCUUUUAUUGUUGUGAAAUCUUUGUUUUAAAGGGUUCAGCCAACCUGCUGACAGCUCACUCAUUUGUUGGAGAAACAUUAAAGUUUUUUCUGUUUUACUGUUUGAUGAUGACGAGUAUCUGCGUGACAAUUUGCUCCAUUAGAAAAGUUCAUCACAAGUUUCAUUUUGAGCAGGAAAAGAUUUUGCUCCGUCAUCUCAACACGCUGUUGUCCCAGAUUUGAGCCCACAAAUAUGAGUGACUUCCAACAGAAGUUUGACUUUUAACUUGAGUAGAAAAGAGAAACGAUGGUGAACACGAUGUGAAGACAGAAUGAAGGAAACAGAAAAGAGAAAACAACAAAGUGUGAUUGAAUGUGAAACAUUUCUUUACACCUUUAGUUUUCUCUAAAGCCAGUUUAAUGUCCGCUGGAAAUCAUUGACUCUCACCUCGCUGCUUUGAACCUUCACUAAUGUCUUUUUCAAUGUGGACUAAACAAAGUGAGAAUUAAAGGUGCAGUGUGUGAUUGUGGAGUCUCAUUCCCAGGUGGUCAAAUACUGACGCUGACGCUACACAGAGCCAAAGCGUCCGGAUCUGACCACCUGGGAGUUCUGAUGGAAACUCACAUGGAACUGCAUGGACAAAUCAUGGCUCGAUAUUAAGGCACGUUUUCAUUAUUCAGCAUUUCAACAACAACUUGAACUUCAUUGUUCCAAAGAGAAAAAAGCCAGGAGGAACAUAAAGUCAUGAUCAUUUUAUUAGCAAUUAUUUCUCCAUGUGGACUUGUAAUCCUUUCAUAUACAUGAUUAUUAAUACAAAGUAUAGUCUGCAUGUUCAUCACUUCUGGCUGUUUAAAUAGAAAACAUGUCAAAAUGAAACUUUGCACCAAAAUACAGACAGAAUCUGAAGUUUUCUUUGUUACUAGCAAAUAUUCAUCUGUUAUUGUCCAACACUUAUCUGUCACAAGUAUAGGUGCUAACAAGGUGACUUUAUAAAAUAUAUCAAACUAAGUGCAGCGCUCCAUGGUUCCACAGGGUGGAGCUGCAGCAGAAAGCAUUCAUUCAUUCAUUCAUUCAUUCAUUCAUUCUC